AUGGGGGAUAUUUACGUGAAGAUGCUAGCUGGCAGUGACAUCACCCUGGAUGUGGAGCCAUCAGACAAGAUCGACAAUGUCAGGGAAAAGAUUCAUGGCUAUCAGAGGCUUGUCUUUGCUGGCAAGUAUCUUGAGGAUGGAGGGACACUUGCAGAUUACGACAUCCAGAAUGAGAGCACCCUGCACCUUGACUUUGGCAUGCAGAUUUUGGUGAAGACCAGCACUGGUAAGACCAUCACCAUGCAGGUGGAGCCAUCUGACACGAUCCGCAGGGUCAAGGCAAAGAUACAGGACCAGCAGAGGCUCCUCUUUGACGGCAAGCAUCUAAACGGUUGGGGCAAACUUGCCGAUUACAACGUUAAGAAGGAGUCCACCCUGCAGCUUGACCUCUGCCCACAGGGUGGCAUGCAGGUUUUCGUGAAAGCACUCCCCCGCAAGACCAUCAGGCUCAAGUUGGUGCGAUCUGACACGAUUGGUCGUUUGAAGGCAAUGAUACAGGACCAGCAGAGGCUCCUCUUUGACGGCAAGCAGCUUGAGGAUGGGCGGAGACUUGCAGACUACAAUAUUCAGAAAGGCUCCACACAGCACCUUGACCUUGGCCUGCACGAUGGCAGUGCAAAUCUUUAA